AUGAACCUUCCUUACAAUGGCUGUGUCACAUUCAAUGACCCAAGUGACCCAAGUUUCAUACCGGCAAAGCAGCCCAAGUUCUGCAGAGUAUGCGGAGACCGAGCCAAAAGUUAUCACUUCGGUGGCCUAUCCUGUGACAGCUGUAAGGCCUUCUUCCGACGAUCAGUCCAAAGCGCGGGCUACAAGAACUUCCAGUGUCCCUACCGACGAACCUGUGAAAUCACCAUCAGCUCCAGAAAGUGCUGCCAGUUUUGUCGGUUCCAAAAAUGUGUCAAUAUUGGAAUGGAGAAGGGCUGGGUCAUGACAGAGGAGGAACGUCUCCACGUGCUCAAAAUACGCACCGCUAAACGACAACAAGAAGAAGAAACGAACCAAGGACGUCGGAAGAUUCGUCGAGAAAGCUAUCACGCAGACCUCAACGAUAUUCAUAAGUUUUUAACCGAAGACGACAUCCAUUGCAUCGAGUCGAUAAUGAACUCGUACGGAACUAGCUGUCUGUCGGUUCCUUUCGAUAGUAGCUUGUCCAGUCGAGCGUGCGGACGAAAUCGGACUGAAAUCAUUGAUAUGUUCUUUACGGUUAUCAAACAAUUCGCAAACUUUGCUCAACAGCUUCGUUCGUUCGCCGUUAUACCUCCUCACGAUCAGGAGAUUUUACUACGCACAGGCGUUAUGGAAUUGUGCUUUUUACGCGGUGCUUACGUGUUUGACGAAACUCGAGGCGCCUGGCCUGAUCAGGAGAAAAUGUUCUACAAAAUUUCGCCCACUCUUUCAGCGGAAGACGUGAGGCGUCUGGUGUCAGCCGAGCUAUUCGAUAAACACAUGGGAUUUAUCCGCGGGAUUAAAGAAAUAGACAUCGACGAACCAACACUCAUGAUUUUGCUCGUAACCGUUCUAAUGUCUUCAGACAGAGCUGGAUUGGUGAACGUAAGUCUGGUUGCUAAGGAACAAGAGAAAUAUUGCGUCUUGCUGAAGAAUUAUAUGUUGUGGAGGUACGGCUCCAGAAAGGCAAUGGUUCUCUACCCUAAACUGUUUUUGAAAUUACCGAACUUAAGAGAACUCACCGAAGCUCAUAGCGAUUAUCACCUCAGGUUAAAUAUGGGAGAGCUCGAGGAAAUUGAAAGACGUCUCUCGUGUCUAAGAAUUGAAUCACCGACGCCAGGGUGUAGCACUUCAAAGUUAUUUCAAAGAAACUUGGUAACGAACAGAAGAUGGAGUCUACGCGGUAACUUGUCAAUAGAUUCGGGUUCUUCUUCCACUCUUUCUUUGGAGGAAGAGUCCAGCUCUAGCGAGGGCUCUGGUGGGUUCCCGUGGACAUCAGAAAAAGAAAACGAAGCUGAUUAGGUUAAAGCUUGUAUGAAAAAAACAACAACAAAACGUCUUCGAGUGAAACUUCCCAACCGUUGAGUCUAUUAUGUUAAAAUGUUGAUAUUUUUUUGUUUGCGCAAAAC